AUAAACUCUCAAAGGCCAGUGUUUCGGUGCCAGAGGCUCGCCUCCCUGAACCAUUCCUCCAUCAAGCCAGUCUCACUGCCACAACUUCUCGUUUAGGGGGUGAAUAAAAAGAAACCGCCAAGAUGUCUGAAAAAAAGAUGACCUCGAGCCGGAAGCAUCAUCUUAAGAGUUUGAUGCUGGGCAUAGCUAAGAGUUUGCUUGAGAAGGAGGCUGCUCAGUAUGAAGUUGACAAGGCUGCCCACAUGGCACAGAACUGCCCUGAACUGUCCCUGCCUGGCUCAAUGCAGGAACUGCAGGAAUUGUGCAAGAAACUGCAUCAAACCAUCGACAAGGCUGAUGAGGAGAGAUACGACACGGAGGCCAAAGUAUUUAAGGCAGACAAAGAGAUUCAGGAUCUGAAGAUUAAAGUUCAGGACCUGAAGGGCAAGUUUAAGAAGCCUACUCUGAGGAAAGUGCGCAUGUCUGCUGAUCAAAUGCUUCAGGCUCUGCUGGGCUCCAAGCACAAGGUGUCUCUGGAUCUGAGAGCCAACCUGAAACAAGUGAAGAAGGAGGUCAAAGAGGAGGUUACUGAUGUUGGUGACUGGCGUAAGAACAUUGAGGACAGAACAGACAGAAAGAAGAUGUUUGAGACUGAAGGUUGAGAUGGAUGCCGAUUGGACAAGGCAGGCAUGAUGGCAGAGAAUAAGAUCUUUGAGGGCGAGGCUUAAGUCUCUGGACAUUUCCUUGUUUGUUAUUUACUCUGAUCCUGCUGCAGGGCUGUGUAGUGUCUCUCCUUUUGCAAUAAUUGCAUUGUUUAUGCCGGUGCCAAUGCCUAAUAGCUGCAUUUGUUUCAUUCAGUAUAUAUUAUUGCAGAGUCACUGCCAUUAAAUGAAUACUUUUAAUGAAA